CACUAGCGGUCAAACUCCAUAGGUACCCUGCCUUUCUUCUUCAAGGUUGCUUCCACAAUGUUCUUAUGUUAUCCAUCCUUCUUCGAGCUCCAGAAUCAGUGGCUUUUGUUCGAGCUUGCGGUUGAAAGUACGGUUUCUAGGAAGUUCGUCGAAGGGCCACAAACCUCUACGUUCAAAUGUAGUAGACAGGUUUCUAUGAGUUGAAAGAAAAGCUUAAAUUUUGUGUAUGGGGAUAGAUCUUGAGCAGCCAUCUGGAGAAUGUCAUGAGGAAGACAAUAGGAAUCUAGUACUUGCUGAUGCAGUUGAUGGUAUAAUAAUAUCAAUGAACCCAGAAGCUCUUUAGAAGUUGUUGGAAAUGAUAACGAGAAUGCAGGGCCAGGUACCAAUGCUGAAUUAUUAAAUCAUGGAAAGGAAGGGUGCACUGGACAAGGAACCAACUUGAAUUCUUCAAAAAUACCAGAGCCUCAUGAUGGAAUGGAAUUCAAUUCAAAGGAGGAAGCAUUUUCAUAUUAUAAAGAUUAUGCAAAAUCUGUGGGAUUUACAGCUAUAAUAAAAGCUAGCCGCCGAUCUAGAAUAUCUGGAAAAUUUAUUGAUGCAAAAUUUGCAUGUAGCAGAUAUGGAAACAAGCAAGAACCCUGUGCAGCUGAAACUUUCGAAUUCUCUUUCAAAAACAGAUACCAUACCAAGUAUUCCUGUAAAAAGGAAAAGAGGUAGAGUGAACUUAUCUUGGGCAAAAACAGAUUGCAAGGCCUGUGUGCAUGUCAAAAGAAGGCAAGAUGAUAUAUGGAUAAUCUGCAGUUUCAUAAAGAGCAUAACCAUGAAAUUUUUCCUGACCAAGCCUUUUACUUUGCGGGACAUGGGAAUCUAGCUCUGAGUAGCAAUGGCGAUGCAUUACAGGUUACUAGGGCUAGAACAAAAAAUUUGUGUGUUAUGCCGAGAAAAUCUGAUGGAUAUAAAAAAGUUGACAAUAAGAAAGGUAGCAGUGGAAACCAUUCAGGUAAUAGACAGCAGUUGGCUUUAGAUGAAGCAGAUGUCCAUGCUCUGCUUGACCAUUUUAUGUGUAUGCAAGAUGAGAAUCCUAAUUUCUUUUAUGCAGUAGAUCUGAGUGAAGAGCUGCAAUUGAGAAGUGUUUUCUGGGUUGAUGCAAAAAGUAGGCUUGAUUAUAGACACUUUGGUGAUGUGAUUCUUCUUGACACCACGCAUAUCAAGAAUGAAUAUAAGCUUCCUGUUAUUCCCUUUAUUGGUGUGAACCACCACUAUCAGUUCCUGUUGCUAGGAUGUGCAAUUGUGUCGGAUGAGUCUAAAUCAACUUAUACAUGGGUGCUGCAGGCAUGGUUGAGGGCGAUGGAUGGAUGUUCCCCAAAGGUAAUACUUACAGACCAAGCCAAAGCUCUAAAAGAAGCUGUUUACUGA